GGACCUGGAGAAAGUUUUGAACUCGUGUAAGUUAAACUUGCACCAAAUCGAUGAGGUCUGGCCAAACCUGUACAUCGGAAAUGUAUCAUUUUUGGGUUCGAACAGACCAAAGGCUGUUCAGUUCUUGCAGGACGGGUGUAAAGCGGGCCGAUAUGCCACGCACCGGUGGAGACGGCCGGUACGAGACGCCGGAUGCCGCUGACCUCCAGAGACUUCUGUGGGUCAAACCUGGAACCAGCGGCCAUCUUGAUGAGGUCAGACCUGGAAUAUACAUCGGAGACAUGUACGCAGCGAAGGACAAACACAUGCUACAGUCUCUGAACAUCACGUACGUGCUGAACGCCGCUCACGGGAAGUUCAACGUUAACACAGGGGCCAGUUACUACAGAGACACUAAAAUCACAUAUCAUGGCGUGGAGGCGUUUGAUAUGCCCUCAUUUGACUUGAGCCCCUUCUUCUACUCCGCUGCCAAGUUCAUCAAGAGUGCCAUGAGCACCCCUGGAGGUAAGGUGCUUGUGCACUGCGCGAUGGGCCUGAGCCGCUCGUCGUCGCUGGUAUUGGCGUAUCUGAUGAUCCACGAGGACAUGACGCUGGUGGAAGCCAUUAAAGCCGUCGCACAACACAGGAAUAUCUGCCCAAACUCCGGCUUCAUUGAACAACUGCGAGAACUGGACAAAAAACUGCACUUCCAGAGCACUGCCCUCUAACACUGGACCAACACACUCACGUCAUGUUUCCUGAUCAGAAAUACACUAUAGGGACAGAAACAGAGCUAUAUGCAUAAAGAUACCCAUCAGUUAUGACAAAAAUGCAUGCUUCAGAAAUCGCCUGACACACAUAUGAUGGAAUUACAUGAUUGAUACAGGAUUUAAUUUCUCAAUUAAAAUGUUUUUUUGUUAAAAAGUUGUAAAAAAAGUGUUAAAAAGUUGUUACAUGUGAUCGAAAUAUAUUCUAUUCCUGCUUAAUCUUCAGAGUCACUAUAAAGUAAUAGAUUCACAGGUUAAAAACACUAGGCUUUCCAAACAACAAAUGGGGUUGAAAACGAAAGGGAUUCAUUCAUGAACAUCAGUCAGUCCACAAGGAAUAUACUUCAUUAUGAAAGGUUAUGAAGAUAAGACCAGGAAUGUGAGUUCAUAAAAAAAAUAUUUAAUAUAUUGAAAUUUAUGAAUAU